AUGAGCUGCCAAGCAUUUGCUUCCUCAGACACCUUUGUGCCCUUGAAUUCUGACUCUUCUCCCUCUCUGCCUCUGAUAAUGCAUCACAGCGCUGCAGAGUGCCUGCAGGUCUCCAACCAUACCACCAAUGUUGUGUCUACAGGAACAGGCCUUCACUACUCUGUGCCCUCCUGUCACUAUGGGAAUCAACCUUCCACCUACGGGGUGAUGACAGGUGGUCUGACCCCUUGCCUGUACAAGUUCCCGGAGCACGCGCUGAGUGCCAGCUCCUGCGCCCUGGGCCACGGCUUCGCUCCCCUGCCCCAGCCCCUCCUGACGGACGAGCCCGCUGCCACGGACUUCAAGCAGGAGUUCCGCAGGAAGAGCAAGCCCGUGGAGGAGCCCGUGGACAUGGACUCCCCUGAAAUCAGGGAGCUGGAGAAAUUCGCCAACGAGUUUAAGCUGCGGAGAAUCAAGCUGGGUUAUACACAAACCAACGUUGGAGAAGCCCUGGCUGCUGUGCACGGCUCCGAGUUCAGCCAGACGACGAUUUGCCGAUUUGAGAACUUGCAGCUGAGCUUCAAGAACGCGUGCAAACUGAAAUCCAUCCUGUCCAAGUGGCUGGAGGAAGCAGAACAAGUGGGAGCUUUGUACAAUGAAAAAGUUGGAGUGAAUGAACGGAAGAGGAAGCGCAGAACCACCAUAAGCAUCGCUGCCAAAGAAGCCCUAGAGAGGCACUUUGGAGAACAAAGUAAGCCGUCUUCUCAGGAAAUUAUGAGGAUGGCUGAGGGGCUCAAUCUUGAGAAAGAAGUCGUGAGAGUUUGGUUUUGCAACAGAAGACAACGGGAAAAAAGAGUGAAGACCAGUUUACACCAGAACGCCUUCAGUUCUAUUAUCAAGGAGCACCAUGAAUGCCGGUGA